AUGCAUGUUUUGGAAACAUAUGGAAAUAAAAGUUUGAUAACGAGCUCCUUGCGUAAUGAUUCUACCAUACAAGACAUACCGGAUUCACAGCGGGACAGAAUCAGACGUCUACUAAACGAGGCUGUUAAAUCGAGAUUCGGUUCCUCUGGCAGAGGCUUAUCAUCAAGUGUGCAAGAAGAGUUGAAUACACUGGAGAAGAAGAAAAGAAUAGCCCAGUCGGUUUUUGAUGAAAUGGUACAAUAUGGCAAACGACUAUUGGAAUGUAUAAGAAUUCUACGGGACGUAAAUAAUGAGGUUCUCACUGUCCCAUCUCUUAAAUCCAACAGUAUAAUUAAAGGAAUGUUUAAAGACAUUCCUUCGCUAUUUCAGCUUCAUGAACAUCUAACCAAGAGCUUUGAAUCUUGUAGUAUUGGAAGCAUUGUAUUGCCCUCUGCUUUUACUAGUGAUAAAGAGACUCAAAUUUUGAACAUUUAUAAGAGUUUCCUCUGUCGCUAUGCACUGAAUUUUCGACCUUUCUCUGAGCUUUACUCCACCAAUGAAGAACUUCAAGAUAUAUGCAAAGGUAUCGUUUCUAAAUCUCAAUAUGAAGAACAACGUAUCCAGAAUGUUCCUGGGAUGUUUUAUGGUGUCAGUACUGCAUUGCCACGUUUCAAGGAUCUUAUAUAUAGACUCAAAGGAGCUUUAUUGCCGAAUGAUCCUGAAUAUGCAAAUAUUACAAAAGCUUGGAAGUUUAUCAAGGAUCUGCUGGAUCGUUCAGAGCAAGAAGUUAUUUUGCAGGAAAAAAUGCUGAAAGCUCGUGAAGCAUUGGGUAAAUUAGAUGGUCUCCGGUUUUCUGAAUAUUUAGUUAUGACUGAGCCUGCUAACGCUGUUGGUCGUUAUCAAGUGAAAUCAGAAAUACGGCUGACUGGAAUGACACUAUGUGAGGUGAAAGAUGAUGAAGAAAUUAAUGUUGAUCAUUGUUUCAGAAUUAAAGCGAAGGAAUUAUGCGUUGAACUUGCCUUCUCGUAA